ACAACAGCAUCUCAAUGAAAUACUUCACAUUUGUGUUGGUGCCUAGAUCUUGUUUCAAUUUUAAUCAUUAGUAAUCCCAACAAAAGCUUUUUCUCGUCACAGUUCUAUGGAGUUUUUAAUUCACAUAUAAAUAGCUAAUGUCUGUAAAAAUGUCAAUUCAAUUCGCUUUCAAUCGUUGAAUAGUCCAGUGACAUCAAGUGCAAGUUUCUAUUGUUAAAAUUUUAGAAAAAUUCUGAAGAUGAAAUCGAUUAUUGUCGGAUUAUUCACAGUGCUUGCUGUUGUUCAAGCUAGUGUUGUACAAGUUUUGCCAUCAUCCACAGCUUCCCUUGUAAGAACACCAUCAUUUGACUCGGCUGUGGUUCAUUCUGCACGUCACAAUGGCGCGUUUUCUUAUAGCACUGUUGAGAAUCAUGGAUAUGCCCACGCUGUGCAUCAUCAAGUUCCAGUUUAUCGCACUUAUAAUUUAGCUCCACAAGUUCAACAAGUUUACUACGCAUAUCAACCACCAGUUUAUUCAGUUCAUCCAUCUUACAUCACAAACUUCAGUGGAAUUCCUUUUCCAGCACCAGGAGUUAUCUCACAACCUCCAGUUUUCGGUGGAUUCCCAAUUCAAGCUCCUGGCGUAAACCCACAAAUUCCUAUUGAAGUUGCAAGCCCAGCUGAUAAUGCACCAAUCGACGGUCAACAAGGAAGUGUAACAAGCGAUGACGACACUGUUUCAAUUGAAUCAGCUUAAAUUCUUUAAAUCAAAUGUGACAUUAUCAAUGGAGAAAUAAAAUUGUGAAUAUUAAACAAAGUGAUUAUUGAAUUGAAAAUUCAGGUAAAGGAUAAAUGACGAAAGGAAUUUUAAAAAAUUAUGAAAAUUUCAAUAAAUUUCCUUAAGUCUUUUCACAGCAAAAACAGGAAAUAAAUUUACGUAUUGAAGACUUUGAAACAUCUAAGA